AUGUUUUGUUCUGUGGGUCGUAUCCCAUUCCAGCGAUGCCGAUUGCAUGCCCGGUCGUUAAGUAUCAGCCCGUUGACUAAAAAGGAGAAAAGACGCAUAGGCUAUGGUUCAUUGGCGGUUUUGAGCUUUCUAGUCCCUUACACUGCCUAUGCUGUGUUUGUGACUGUGUCUGCCUAUUCGGAAAUUGACACCAGGCUGGACUUAAGCGAAGUGGUUGAGAAGAAAGAUGGGUUAAACUACCAAGGCACUCUUAUCAAGUAUUCGCCCUUGCAAGUCCUAGGCAGGUAUGAGAAUCCAUUUGCUGAAUAUAGAAUUCAAACUAUAUAUGAAUUUUUCAUCAACAGAGUUGUCGAAUUGUUUCAAAGAAAUCGUGGAGGUAUACCAGCAGAAAGAGCUCACAUGAAUCAAUUGAUGCCAGUGCAUAAACCUACAUGGUCGGAGGACAAGAUCAAAAUAGAAGAUGAACAAUUAAUAAAAUAUCAAUUACUCACAGAACAUGAUGAUCUAAAAACUAUGAAUGUAAAUGUAGACUCGAAGGACGAUAAUAUUCCAGUUUACAGCACAUGGUUAGGCCAGUCCUGUAAUUUUGUGAGCUAUAACGGAUUGAAGGUAUUAACAGACCCUUUAUUCUCAGAUUAUUUAAUACAUAAAAAACUUGGGCCUAAACGGAUCACUGAUAUGCCUGCAAAUAUUGAAGACGUACCAAAACCAGAUAUCAUAAUGGUAUCACACAAUCACCCUGAUCAUUUAGACCAAGAAAGCAUUGAGCAUUGGAAAAACUCAGAGACUUUGUGGAUUGUACCCAAAGGUUUGAAGUCCUAUAUGGAUAAGAAUAAAAUUAAAAACUACAUUGAGCUGUCUUGGUGGGAAACGUGCGAGUUAGAGAAAGACAACGAGAUUUACCACAUUUCAUGCACGCCAGCAAUGCAUUGGUCUGGUAGAUCAGUCCUGGACACCAAUCAAUCAUUGUGGUGCUCUUUUUUGCUAAGUCACAACAAAAAACCGAUUUUAUUCCAUGCUGGUGAUACUGGCUAUGUCAAAGAUUUAUAUGUCAGAAUAAAAGAUAGAUUUGGUGCCGGAUGUAAAUUAGCACUGUUACCUUGUGGUCAAUACUGUCCUGAAUGGCAUCAAAAGCCUCGACAUAUUAAUCCAAGGGAAGUCAUCAAAAUCAUGAAAGAUAUGGAAGCUAACCAGGUUCUUGGUGUUCACUGGGGUACUUUUGUUCUUAGUGGUGAAUACUUCCUGGAACCAAAAGAGAGGCUGGAGAUGCUUGCAGAAUUUGAUGGAAUACGGGACAAAUGUUAUUGCCCAGAAUUGGGUAAAACAAUCAAAAUCGAAUAG